UUUUCUGCUAGUGUCCUGUGCCUAAAGACACCCCCUAAACUGGUGACUUGAGGUUUUCCCAAUGGACCUUUGUUUUUAUGCUCAGUAUUUUUCUUGUGCCUGCAAGACCUUCCCCCUAAACCCUUUGAAGGGGAGGAGCAUUUGCUUCCUUCCUUCUAGGCUUGUCACCUGUCCCCCCAAACCCCUCUUUGGAGCAGCUGCAAUCUCAGUAUUUUCACUCAGUCUCCCACUAGCACACCCUUCCUAACCAAACCAUAACUGGAUGUUGGCUUAGGUAAAAUAUUUAAUUGUUCACUAGUCAGGGCUUUCUCUUGUAGACUCCAGAUUUCUUGUGGGCAGGGACUAUUCCCUGGAAAUAGGGAAUACUAAUAUGAAAAGAUGUAUCUUGACUUCCAAGUAACUUCCACAUAAAAUAGUGAGCCAGAUACACAAAAUUAAAAUACACAACACCAUAGACCUUUGUUUAAAUGGGAGUGUGCUCAGUAGGAUAAGAAAAACAUGGGCUUAAAAAAAAAAAAAUCUCUGGUCCCUGCCCCAGGGUGUGGCACAUGGUAGAUGCCCAGUAAGUGCAUGUUGAGUAAUAGAAUAACAUAAAAGAAAGCAUUUAAGGCAAGCCUCAACGUCUUGCCAAAAAUCCACCUUUUAUCAUAAACAUACAAAUAAGCCCACAGAUAGGGUAGAUGUCAAUCAAAUUUUGAAGGAAACGAGGCCAGGGUGGGAGAGGGUGGAUUCAAGUUUCAGCAAGGGAGGGAGGCGGAGAAGUUGCACCCGGGCAGGGUCUUGGGCCCUGCGGGUGGGCAGGGGGAGGCGGGGAGAGGGGAAGGGGGAGGAGACUCUGGCGUCCCUGCCCCGCCUCCCCCACCCCCUUUCCCACCCCCACCCCCGGCGGCGGCGGCGGCGGCGGCGGCGGCGCAGGGCUGCCGCGCGGGUGUCGGCAACAGCUGCAGCAGCCCGCGCCGCCCCCUCGGCCGCGGCUCCCCGGGCGAGCCGGAGCACGGUCGGCGGCUCGUGGCGCGGCGGCCGGGGGAGACGGGAAAGUUGCCUGCGCGAGCGCCGACAUGCCGGGCAGCGACACGGCGCUCACCGUGGACCGGACCUACUCCGACCCGGGCCGGCACCACCGCUGCAAGAGCCGGGUAGAGCGACAUGACAUGAACACCCUAAGCCUGCCCCUGAACAUUCGCCGAGGGGGGUCCGACACCAACCUCAACUUUGACGUACCGGAUGGCAUCCUGGACUUCCACAAGGUCAAACUCAGUGCGGACAGCCUGAAACAAAAAAUUCUCAAGGUGACAGAGCAGAUCAAGAUCGAGCAGACGUCCCGCGACGGCAAUGUUGCAGAGUAUCUGAAACUAGUCAACAGCGCAGACAAGCAGCAGGCGGGCCGCAUCAAGCAAGUCUUUGAGAAGAAGAAUCAGAAGUCCGCUCACUCUAUUGCCCAGCUUCAGAAGAAGUUAGAACAGUAUCAUAGAAAGCUCAGGGAGAUCGAGCAGAAUGGAGCCUCCAGGAGCACAAAGGACAUUGCCAAAGACAACCUGAAGGACGUGCCGCACUCCCUGAAAGAUGCCCACGCGAAGUCUCGAACUGCUCCCCACGGCACGGAGUGCGGGAAAUCGGGCAUGCCGGGCGUGUCCCUCACCCCGCCCGUGUUCGUCUUCAAUAAGUCCAGGGAGUUUGCCAACCUGAUCCGGAAUAAGUUUGGCAGCGCCGAUAACAUCGCUCACUUAAAAAAUUCCCUGGAGGAAUUCAGGCCUGAAGGGAGUCCGCGGGCCUAUGGGGGCAGCGCCACCAUUGUGAACAAACCCAAGUACGGCAGCGAUGACGAGUGUUCGAGUGGCACGUCGGGCUCCGCCGACAGUAACGGGAACCAGUCCUUCGGGGCCAGCGGAGCCGGCACGCUGGACAGCCAGGGCAAGCUCACCAUGAUCCUGGAGGAGCUGAGGGAGAUCAAGGACACCCAGGCACAGCUGGCUGAGGACAUCGAGGCGCUGAAGGUGCAGUUUAAGAGAGAAUACGGUUUUAUUUCUCAGACGCUGCAAGAGGAAAGAUACAGGUACGAGCGACUGGAAGACCAGCUGCACGACCUGACGGAUCUGCAUCAGCACGAGACAGCCAACCUGAAGCAGGAGCUGGCCAGCAUCGAGGAGAAGGUGGCCUACCAGGCCUAUGAGCGCUCACGGGACAUCCAGGAAGCCUUGGAAUCCUGCCAGACUCGCAUUUCUAAGCUGGAGCUCCACCAGCAAGAGCAGCAAGUCCUGCAGACAGACACCGUGAAUGCCAAAGUGCUCCUGGGGAGGUGCAUAAACGUGAUCCUGGCCUUCAUGACUGUCAUCCUAGUGUGUGUGUCUACCAUUGCCAAGUUUGUCUCGCCCAUGAUGAAGAGCCGCUUCCACAUUCUCGGCACUUUCUUCGCCGUGACUCUUCUUGCGAUAUUUUGUAAAAACUGGGACCAUAUUCUGUGUGCCCUAGAAAGGAUCCUAAUACCCAGAUGAAGCCGCGGGUUCCUGUCUUCAGGUUCUUUCAGAUUUAUGUUUUAAAGAAAACUGUGCAUUCUACCAAAUUUUCAAAUGAACGGGGUUGUGCUGACUAGAGGUGACCAGGCCUGGGCUGUGCAUUGUAAAUAACUACAGUUCCCUUCACACGGUAGUACUUGCCGGCUCAGUCCCCAUCCUUAGCGAAUGUGAAUCUGUUUCAGAGCUCUCCCCACGUCGCUCACUGCCUUAAUCACACCAGAUCUUCUGCCCACCUGACUAGCCCAGCAUGGCCAGCCUCUGGUUAUUGAGCAUUUGACAUAAUUAAUGAUCCAGAAGAAAAGGGAUUUUAAGUCUCUGUCUCUCUCUUAAGUCUCUAUCACAGUCGAGCUUCACUGUUGCUUGUGGUUGUAUUUCUUUCCCUGAGUCCUGUUAGCAGCAAGGAUGUAGCAGGACUUGGGGAGGGGAAGUACACGCAUUGGCCACGGUGAACCCUCGUGGCCUUUGAAAGUACAGAAAAUCCUGUGUCAUCCAGUCCACUUGUCCAGAGGACCCUAGGCCCCACCUGUUCCCAGUGUCCAUAGCGGUCAGUCGUGCGUGACUCACAAGUAACGUGGAAAUCUUACGACACGCCUGUUGAUCCGUCAGACGUCUAACUUAGAUGUUGUCUUGCACUUUAAAUGGUAAGAUGCGAAGAUUUAUGAGUGGGGCUUUCACCUUCUAACAUCCGGGGAGCCACACGUUGAUUUUAUCUGAAGUGGCCGUUGAAUGCCUUGCCUUCAAGCAUGUAGAAAUUCUUCCAAAUCCCACAUCAAGCCAUGGCUUGAACAUCAGGGUCCAGUAAGCACUACUCUGGAGGUUUGUAUUUCAGCACAUCUUAAUUGUGAUAGACCCCCUGUGAGGACGUGAUUCACUCUAUUCCCUGGCUUGCGAGGGAUCGCAAAUCUCCACAAAUGAAAACAAAUGAUGCUCGUGUCGUGGGGUUUUUGUUUUUCUUUACGACAACAGAAUUGUACUUUUAUAAAGCGAAAGUGCUCUGAGGUAGGAACUCUGGAAGCAGGAGGGAAAUAGGAUGUGUGGUCUAAUGGGGUGGCAGUCGGAUCAGGGGGAGCAGUCGACCUGGAUGGAGACUGAGAAGGUCCUCUUAUGACCCUGUGAGACCAGCCGGAAUCACAUAGAUUGAUCCAGUGUCCAAGCGAAGGCUGUCUGUCACCUCUCGGGAUCUUCCUGGAGACAAGGGCCCAGGUAAUAGAGGGGCCGCGCUUCUUCCCCUGAGGUGAAAACAUUCAGAAGUUAACAUCCUCAACCUGCUUGAGGGAUUCUACUCACUACUUUCAGCCCAGAUGAUACUCCCCUUUAAAUCUCUUUCUCUCUGUACCUACUGAAAAUGAAGUUAGAAGAUUUUAAUGGAAACGGCUGUUCAGUCCUGCCUCCUGCCAUCCGCUCUGUUCUCUGAAGGCGUAAAGAUGUAUGUUAGUGUACAUUUUCUUCCAGAAAACAUCAAAUCGCCUGGAUUUAAAUUAAGUGCAAUAUUUUGCGAACAGCUGCUCUUGGGGAAAUCUCCUGAAAAAAAAAAAAUGUGACAGUGCGCCAUGGUUUGAGAGAGUGGAACAGUCGAGCAUUUGGCACAAGUCCAGUGUGUGUGAGACUUAGACAACUCAAGCUUUCUUCUUUUAACGUGACAGUUCAGUGGUUUUAGUAAAUUCACAAACUUCUUCAACUGUCCCCACGAUCUAAUUCUGGACUCAAGCUUCUUAAAACCAGUAACGAUCAUUUCGUGAAAUCUUUGGCUGUUAAGCAUCUUGGAUUCAGGGAAGACGGAGUCAGCAGCCCUACCCCCAUCUCAUGGCCGUGUCCCCUUCCACCAUCAGACUCGCCCUUGUUCUGCCAAGUUGGCUGUAAAUACACUGUGAUCCAUCAAACCCUGGGGACAGAAAAGAGUUCCAGAUCCAGGGAUGGGAGGGAGAAAGAACGGUGUGCUUUCUUUUGCUUCUGUAUUUUAAUGGCCAGCAUUCUCCUUCACCUGUGGGCGUCCGUCUCCAUUCGGCUGAGGGCUGGAUGCAGCUUCCACCCCUGGGUCCUGGUGGGCGCCUCUCAAUUUCUGCGCCUCUUUCUGAGGCACUUUGCAUAUGCCAGAGGUUGCAGCGGAAGUAGAUACUGCUGUUAUUUUUUACAGAGAGGGAGAGAGAUUUCUAGCCCUUUGAGGUUAAGGGUUGCAGGGGAGGACCCAGGACGUGGGCCUGCUUCACUGGCCACCACGCUCCACUCGACAUUCGCUUUGACGCUUCCCAGACCUGCAUCCGCGUGUCUCCUCUCCGCUGCAGAAGUAGGGGAGGAAAUGGAAAGCCACACACUCCGCCCCCUCCAGUCUGGAGCUGUUAACAGAAGCGGCUAGAAACUGGCUCUGCUCUGAAAUCUAGGGUCUAAAUCAUCCCAUUUGAUCAUGCCUUCUUUUGCACAGAAUCUGUAUGUCCACCAGUUCUCGUUAGACGUCAGAUAACUUGUUUUCACUUGGGUAUGCUCAACCUACAUGGCAUGCUUGUUUUAGAGUCUUGUUGAAAGUUCAUGAAGCUUUUUAAUAGUUGAUACGCUCCAAGGAGACCUUUACCCUCUGUGGUUUACUGUUCUCUUAAGGAAUAAUCCCUCCCAUUGUAUUUCCUUUCCCACACAAGGGUAAGAUUAAAUAAAAUUUUAUACAUUAUUCAAUUAAAAAUAGUGAUCCAACUGGGAUAUAUCAUGGAAUUGGUUAUUUAAUUUACAUUUAAGUCAGCUAAUCCCUUUCCCCACCUUUCAUUCGUAGUAAAGAUGAAGCCAGUCAUGGGAUGGUCAGGCACCUGCUCACAAAGCAAACUUAGUGCUUUAAGAUACUGGACGUUGCAGGGGCAUCUGGGUGGCUCAGUCGGUUAAGUGCCAACUUCAGUUCAGGUCAUGAUCUUGCAGUUCAUGAGUUCAAGCCCUGCAUCGGGCUCUGUGCUGACGACUCUGCUUAGGAAUCCGUGUCUCCCUCUCUCUCUGCCCCUCCCCCACUCGUGCUUGUUUUUCUUCUCUCUCUCUCAAUAAUAAACAUGAAAAUUAAAAAAAGAUACUGGAUAUUGCAUCCUAGCACAGGAUUUUUUUGUGACAUACUAUUUUCAUGAUCACCAAGAUAAUGAUAGUUCGCUGAGGGCAAAACAAAAAUCUAAAAAUCCUCUUAUGUGGGUAUUGGAAUCAGUUAUCCCAGUUUACAUUUUGAGUAUGAUCAAGCCAGAACAAAACAUUGAACUCCCCCCCCCCCCCCACCCCAAUUCAAACCACAAUGAAGCCGUAAAUAAAAGUACUCCACUGCUGAUUUUGUACAGAGAGUAGGAUCAGCCCCCGGUUUCUAGCAUGUGGUUUUGCUUACGUGAUGGGUAUGAACUGUUGACAGACUGAGAUCUCCGCUUCCAUUACGGCCCAAACGUGGUUAUCCCUCUCCAUCAAUUAGCAUCCGUGGGAAUUAGCCCUGCUACUUUGUCAUUCUUGUGUUUUUUUUGUUUUUUUUUUUUAAACGUUUAUUUAUUUUUGAGACAGAGAGAGACAGAGCAUGAAUGGGGGAGGGGCAGAGAGAGAGGGAGACACAGAACUGGAAGCAGGCUCCAGGCUCUGAGCCAUCAGCCCAGAGCCUGACGCGGGGCUCGAACUCACGGACCGCGAGAUCGUGACCUGAGCUGAAGUCGGACGCUUAACCGACUGAGCCACCCAGGGGCCCCUGUCACUCUUGUUUUUAUUGGAAUAUUGCCCUGCUAGGUAUGUUUACUGCCCUGCCUUUUCUCCAGCAUAUCAGGUUUAAUUAUGGGAUCAAUAACUGUGAUGGGAAUUGGAGUCCCUCAAGCAACUAAUUAUUUUUGUCCUUUUGGAUUGAAGUUGAAAUACCAAACUGUUUUGCAUCAAAUAGGAACAUCUUUGUAUGGAAUCUAAGUAUGAUUGUAUUGGUUUGGAAAAGCAUUUCGGUAUGCUUAUUAAAAUGAGCAUGUGUGAUUAAACAACCUCUACUGCAUAUUUCUAUAAUUUUGAGGAGUGAGCCAGGAGUAGGGUGAAAUGGCAUUUAAGAUUCAGGGCUUUAGCUGGAGAGAAAUGUUUCAAGAAGUUUAACACACGUGCUAAGGAAGGAGUUGGUCUAAAAGGAUAAAUCACUGAAAAGAAUAAUAUUGGCCAUUUACAUCAAAAAUGGUUAUGAAGCUAAAAGAAGGUACAGUUAACAAGAGUUUGGUAACCCAGAAGAUAAAAAGCAGAACUAACCUAUAAUUUUCUAAAGUCAGUACAAUUCUCUGUUUAUAAGAAGCUGGAAAGUAAUGUACCUUGAUUGUUUUAGGAAUAAUUUAUGUGUUGCAAUUUUAAUUUAUUUAAAACAUGUCUCCUGUGUUUGUCCUAAGAGAAAAAAUGUUUCAACAAAACGUGCUCUGUGUUUAAGAUAUGUUUAGGCCGUAGCUAGCAGUUCUGAAAAUGGAAACUAGAAUGUUUAUUGUGAGGUCUUUUCUAGAAUUUCCAUUUGGUGAGAUACCAUAUAGUUUCAUGUCAGCCUAAAAUUGUAAAUUCUGCGUAGAUUGUCACCCUAUUCAAAGCAGGUGCCAUUAUUUUUUUAAAUAAACACUUGAUGUUAGCUUUGAUGUUAAAUAAAGAGUUAGAUUUCUUAAAUUUU